AUGGACUCCAUUUUGCUCAAGAUACCUCUGACAUUUAUAGGCAUCUUAUUGGUUCCUGUUCUCUUAAACUUCCUGUGGCCUGCACCACUGGUUAGAUUUAUCCUGUGGUGCAGUCAACAGAUAAAUGGCUUGAAGGUGGGAUAUGCUGAGCAUAAUGGCUACAGGUUCUGUUACUACUCCCGAGGGAAGCCAGGCCUCCAGCCCUCCAUCCUGAUGCUUCAUGGGUACACAAUUCAUAAAAUCGCAUGGUUAUUAGUCCUCCACUUUUUUCCUAAGGAUAUUCAUGUGAUCUGUCUUGACUUGCCUGGUCAUGGGGGAACCACUUGUUUGCCAGGAGAGAGCUACACUGCCUUUGAUCAGGUGAAAAGAAUACACGAGUUUGUCGAGUGCACUAGAUUGAAUGGGAAGCCUUUCCACAUGGUUGGCAUCUCCAUGGGUGGAAUGCUUGCCGGAAUUUACGCUGCUCAUUAUCCAUCUGAGGUCUGCUGCCUGUCUCUCCUUUGUCCAAUUGGUCUGAGGUUCCCGAAGGAUACUGACGUCUUCAAGCGUGCCAAAGAUGCUGAUAUUUCUGUCAUUCCUUCAAAUACACAGGAGGGAUUACUUAUGUUCAGAACUUGUUCAUACCAUUUCUACAGGUUUCCAAAACAGUGCAUAAAGGGAUUUUUCGGUGAUUGGCUGCUGGAGAGCAAUUUUUUUAGAAAAUGCUUCUUAGAUGUCUUUAAUGAGGAGUCUUUGUACAGCCUGCAGGAGAACAUGAGCAAGAUCCAGGCUCCAACACAGGUCAUCUGGGGAAAGGAUGACAAAAUGGUGGAUGUGUCUGGGGCAGAUGUUUUAGCCAAAGGUAUUCCACAAGCAGAAGUACACCUCCUGGAGAAAUGUGGACACUUCAUACCAGCUGAUUCUCCCAAGAAAUUCUCUCAGCUCCUCUUGGACUUCUACACUUCUCACACAAAGAGUGAAAAACUGACAAAACCCAAGAACUAA